AUGAAUCCUCAAGAGAUGAUAAGAGAAAAAGAAGCAUUAUCAUACGAAUGUGAUAUCUGUAAAAAGUAUGUAUCUAGUAAAAGAAAUCUCACUCUUCACAAACGUAUUCAUGCUGGUGGAAAGCAAUACCACUGUGAUAUCUGUGGAAAGUCCUUCUUGCGGAAAAGUAAUCUUACUUCUCACAAAUACGCUCAUACUGGAGACAAACCAUAUCAGUUCAAAAGUAAAUUAAGUACUCAUGAAUUUACUCAUACUAAUGAGAGGCCAUAUCAGUGUGAUAUUUGUGGUAAAUCAUUCUCUCAUAGGAUCAAAAGUGAAUUAACUGUUCAUGAAUUUACUUAUACUAAUGAGAGGCCAUAUCAGUGUGAUAUCUGUGGUAACCUUACCUCUCACAAAUCCAUUCAUAGAGUACAGAAACCAUAUCAGUAUGAUAUUUGUGACCAUCCAAACAAAUCUUGUGCUCGGGACACAAACAUAAACUAUAGAAUUCACACACUUGAUCAAUGUAUGAGGAAUGUUACAUUUCUCCAAACUGAUCUACAAUACGUAAUAUGGGAUGAUAGUGUGAUAAAGGAGUUUUUACAUCAGAUACAUCAUGAAUAUUGA